AUGGCGUCCGAGAAGGUAAAGACCGCGCGUACCGAAGAAGAGAAGGCGGCGAGGAAGCUGGCCAAGCUAGCGAAGAAGUUUGCUGAGUCCGAGUCAUCGUCCAGUUCGAAGAAGGACAAGUCAAGCGAGAAGGACAAGUCAAGCGAGAAGGACAAGACGAGCAAGAAGGACAAGACGAGCAAGAAGCGCAGCCGCCAAGACGACGAGGACGAUGAAACGGACCCCGUGUCCGAGACGUCCGAAGAGAGCGAUGCGGCUGCUCGUUCGACCUCGAAGAAACUCAAGACAAACGACAAAUCGACGACUGUGGGUGGCGUAGAGAACCCUCGCCUUGAAGACUUUGAUAUUAGUCAGGAGACGCGAACAAACCUUCAGGCGCGAGGCAUUAACACGCUGUUUCCCAUCCAAGCCAUGACGUUUGCCAAGAUCAUGGCUGGCAAGGACCUCAUGGGGCGAGCUCGCACUGGUAUGGGCAAGACGCUAGCAUUUGCUCUGCCAGUGAUUGAACUGCUGUUGAAAGACAAGCGACCACGCUCACGUGGUCGUGCACCUCGUGUAGUGUGCAUGGCCCCGACUCGUGAGCUUGCCAAGCAGGUGGCUUCUGAGUUUGAACUCACGGGCCCGUCGCUCAGCACAGUCUGCAUCUAUGGUGGUGCAUCGUACCAGUCACAGAACAAUGCGUUUCGUAGUGGCGUGGACAUCUUAGUCGGUACGACGGGUCGUGUGAUUGAUCACAUUGACCGGGGCAACUUGCUUCUGCAUAAUUGCGAGUUUUUGAUACUCGACGAGGCCGAUACGAUGCUGGAGAUGGGCUUCCGGGAAGAUGUGCAGAAAGUGUUUGCUGCAAUGGAGAAGGCGCAGAAGGAGGGCGCGACAAAACGUCAGACGCUCCUGUUUUCGGCUACGAUUCCUAAAUGGGUCAAGGACGUGGCUGAUAAGUACAUGCAGAAAGCUGAAUUUGUCAAUCUUGUGAAAGACUCGGAUGAUCAGGCGUCCACUGAUGUGCAGCACAUUGCGAUCCCCUGUCAUUGGCAGGGACGACCGACGCUACUGGCUAAUUUGCUUGGUGUCUAUACCAAGAAGGACACUCGCACGAUCAUUUUCGCAGAGACGAAGAAGGACUGCAACGAGCUUGCGGUGCACCCUGAGAUCAAGACUGACAGCCAGGUACUUCACGGUGACAUUGCCCAGGAACAGCGUGAGACGACGAUGAAGGCAUUUCGUGAGGGUCGUUUGCGUCUGUUGAUUGCCACAGAUGUUGCUGCUCGUGGUCUAGACAUGAACGUUGACCUUGUAAUCAACUCGGAGCCGCCCCGCAAGAUGUCGGGUAUGGCUGAUGUUGAUACGUAUGUCCAUCGAUCUGGUCGUACGGGUCGUGCUGGUAAAAAGGGUAUCUGCAUCACUCUGUACACAAAUCGCCAGCGCGAUUCGCUGACUCAAAUCGAGCGCAAGAUCGGCAACAAGUUUGUUAUGAAGGGACCUCCAGACCAAGAGGACCUGAUCAAAGCAUCUGCCGCCAAGGCGCUAAAGGAGAUUGAAAAUGUUGACGCUGCUAUGAUUGAGCUUUUCCGGGAAAAGGCGGGCGAGUUACUUGAGAGUACAGAGCCUGAGCAGUGCUUGGCUGCUGCACUAGCUUGUAUCACGGGCCACACGAAAGUGCCUCGCCGCACGUCGCUCAUGUCUGGCGUGCCUGACUACGUGACGGUGUUGUUUACGAGCUCCAACCCGAUUCGUGCCAAAGGCUACGUCUGGAAUGCUCUGAACCGAGACAUCUCUGAAAGCGUUGCAAACGACAUCAAGCAGUUGACACUGACUGAAAAUUCGAUGGGAGCUUGCUUUGACCUUCCGAUUGCCGGUAUGGAGCUGAUGGAAAAGCUGAUCGAGGAUGGUGGCAUGCACUGCCCGUACUCGUUCCCAAAGACGCUACCAAAGCUGCAACAGACGGCUUACCAGAUGCGCUCGCAGAGCUUUGGUGGAGGUCGUGGUGGCGGUGGUCGUGGUGGCGGUGGUCGUGGUGGCGGUGGUCGUGGCUACGGCGGUGGUGGUCGCGGCCGUAGUGGCGGCCGAGGUCGUCGCUUUUAA